UGCCAGACGUUCCUCCGCUCGCGGGUGUGAGGGCUCCGGGGCCCCGCGGAGGCGGCGGCGGCGGCGCUGGCACCAUGUUUCUUCUCCACACGGUCAACCUCUGGAACCUGGCAUUUUAUGUGUUCAUGGUUUUCCUGGCAACCCUAGGGUUGUGGGACGUCUUUUUCGGCUUCGAGGAGAACAAGUGCAGUAUGAGCUACAUGUUUGAGUACCCCGAGUAUCAGAAAAUAGAACUUCCCAAGAAACUGGCAAAACGCUAUCCUGCAUAUGAAUUAUAUCUUUAUGGAGAAGGAUCCUAUGCUGAAGAACAUAAAACUCUCCCCUUGACAGGUAUUCCAGUUAUCUUUCUUCCUGGUAAUGCUGGAAGUUAUAAGCAAGUUCGUUCUGUUGGCUCCAUUGCACUUAGAAAAGCAGAAGACAUUGAUUUCAAGUACCACUUUGACUUCUUUACUGUGAAUUUCAAUGAAGAACUGGUGGCACUAUAUGGUGGAAGUCUUCAGAAGCAGACUAAAUUUGUGCAUGAAUGCAUUAAAACAAUCCUCAAACUCUAUAAGGGUCACGAAUUUGCUCCCAAAAGUGUGACAAUAAUUGGUCAUUCUAUGGGUGGCCUUGUUGCAAGAGCAUUGCUUACAGUGAAAAAUUUUAAACAAGAGCUGAUAAAUCUUCUUAUUACACAAGCAACUCCUCAUGUUGCCCCCGUGAUGCCAUUGGACCGCUAUAUUACAGAUUUUUAUCUGACUGUAAACAACUUUUGGAUUCUAAAUGCUAGACACAUCAAUUUAACCACACUUUCUGUAGCUGGAGGAUUUCGGGAUUACCAAGUUCGCUCGGGACUGACUUUUCUACCAAAAUUAAGCCAUCAUACAAGUGCCUUAUCUGUUGUGAGCUCAGCUGUGCCUAAGACCUGGGUUUCAACAGACCAUCUCUCCAUUGUAUGGUGUAAGCAAUUGCAAUUGACUACAGUUCGAGCAUUCUUUGAUCUUAUUGACGCUGAUACUAAACAAAUAACUCAGAAUCCUAAGAAGAAAUUGUCAGUUUUAAAUCACCACUUUAUAAGACAUCCAGCAAAACAAUUUGAGGAAAAUCCAGCGAUAGUUUCUGACUUAACAGGCACAUCUAUGUGGGUUCCAGUAGAAGUAUCCAAAUGGUCCUAUGUUGCUUACAAUGAAUCUAAUAAGAUAUAUUUUACAUUUCCUCUUGCAAAUCAUAGAAAAAUCUAUACUCAUGUCUAUUGUCAGAGCACCAUGCUGGAUACGAAUAGUUGGAUUUUUGGCUGCAUAAACAGUUCUUCUAUGUGUCAGCAAGGGGUUGAUUUAUCAUGGAAAGCUGAAUUGCUGCCAACAAUUAAGUCUCUGACAUUAAGACUUCAAGACUAUCCAUCUUUGUCUCAUCUUGUUGUUUAUGUACCAUCUGUCCAUGGAAGUAAGUUUGUUGUAGAUUGUGAAUUCUUUAAAAAAGAGACAAGAUCCAUACAGCUUCCUGUAACUCAUCUUUUUUCCUUUGGAUUGUUUUCAAGGAAAGUUGUAUUAAAUACAAGUGGACUGUUCUAUAAUAUAGAGCUUCUAAACUUUGGACAGAUAUAUCAAGCUUUUAAAAUCAACGUAAUAAGCAAAUGUUCAGGAAUCAAAAAAGAAAUAACUAAUAUCUAUAAAGUUCAUAUUCCCUGGUCUUAUGAAGAUUCACUGACUAUUGCACAAGUUCCAUCUAACACAGAAAUCUCUUUGAAACUCCAUAUUGCUCAACCAGAUAAUGACAGCCAUACUGCAUUAUUAAAAAUGUAUACAUCAUCAGACUGUGAAUAUGAGGUGACUGUUAAGACUUCCCUUUCACAAAUACUUGGACAGGUAGUCAGAUUUCAUGGUGGAUCUCUUCCUGCUUAUGUUAUAUCUAGUAUCCUACUUGCAUAUGGAGGACAGUUAUACUCUCUCUUCUCAGUGGGUCAUUGCUUAGACUUUGCAACUAUGUUGGAUAAAGAAGCCAAACCAUACAAAGUUGAUCCUUUUGUCAUCAUAAUUAAGUUUCUGUUGGGAUAUAAAUGGUUUAAAGAAAUAUGGGAUCUGUUAUUCCUACCAGAACUAGAUGCCAUUGUUUUGACUAGUCAGAGCAUGUGUUUCCCCCUUGUAUCCUUGAUUCUCUUUCUGUUUGGAACAUGUACUGCCUACUGGGGUGGCCUUCUCUCAUCUACGUCUGUGAAACUCCUGUCUUCAUUGUGGCUAGCUGUGAAAAGACCAUCUGAACCUCCUAAAGAUAUCAAGAUAUCAGCAGAUGUGCCCUGCUUGACAGUUGUUUUGAUUAUAGUUAGUUGGACAACGUGUGGAGCAUUUGCCAUAUUUCUUACUUAUCUUUACUACUUGUUCAAGAUUGUUCAUCUUCAAGCUAGCCUAACAACUUUAAAAAAUACCCAGACUGUGAAUGCAAAAAACUCUAAACGAAGUGAAAAAAAAUCCAGUCACCCUAAAGACUCUACAGUAUACCAUCUUCAUUUAUCUUCAUUUAGUGAUGUUGAAGAUAGUCUUCACAUGCACAAUACUGUGAUUAAUUUGUUAACAUGGAUUGUGUUACUCAGCAUGCCGUCUUUAAUUUAUUGGUUUAAAAAUCUCAGUUAUUACUUCAAGCUUAAUCCUGAUCCAUGCAGACCUUUGGCAUUUAUCCUUAUUCCAACUGUGGCAAUUCUUGGAAAUACUUCUGCUGUUUCAAUAAAAUCAAGUAAAUUAUUGAAGACCACUUCACAGUUUCCACUUCUUCUGGCUAUCGGUGUGAUUGCUUUUGGAUCAACACAUUUAUAUAGGGUUCCAUGCUUUGUCUUCAUUCCCCUUUUGCUCCAUGCAUUAUGCAACUUUAUAUGAUACUGAUUUUCAACAAAUUCUAAAGAUGAUUUACACCUUUAGGGCCAGAUGAUAUCACUGCUCCAUUGAUGUGGACGACUCGAUCCUUUUGAGAAGACAAGUCUAUUUUUACAGUAUUGAAAACAGGAAAAAUUAGUUUUUUAAUGCUUGAGGAAAGUCAUUUAAGCAUGGUUUUAUUUUGGGCUAUGGUACACUUGUGUGCUACUAAUGUUUCAAUUAUUAGAAAAGAGUAUGGUGGUCACUGUCUUUGAGGACUCCUCUGCAUAUCAAUUAGCUAGUCUGGUUGAUUGGCUGUAGCAGGAAUCUUCUAGAUACACAGCAAAUGUAGCAUUGUUUGUAAUCUCACCUCUAGCAUUCUUCUCAUUUCAUCAAACUUCUUCUAUAAAGUGGGUUACUUAGUAUUUACUUUUGUAUACAUCCUGAGAAAUAAGUCUUAAAAAAUUGAUGAAAUCAUAACCGUUAGAUCCCUCAAAAAUGAAACGUCCAUUAAGUCUUUGGUCAGUUUUUGGCAGCUCUAAGUGAACAAAGUAGCUCUUUGUUUUCUUACACCUAUGAAAUAUAAAUUUUAAUUCUAAAUGACAGAUUAUUUUUGGUAACCAAUGCAAUAUUGAUAGAUGAAAACAAUAUCCAGAUUCAGAAUUUAUUGGGAGCUUUUAUUACUUCCCAAAUUAAAAUCUUAUUUUUUAUUCUUGAUGCAUAUUACAAGACUAUUGAAGAGAUCUGUUGCUAAAUUUAAAGAAAAUUCUCAUAGAUAUUAACUAGCAUUAGAGUAGUUCAUUCAUUCAAUUUCAGUACCAUUUUAUUCAAUUCAUUGGUUACCAAAAGUGCCUGUGGUCAUGUUGUAUUAUUAAAAUAAUUAAAUUCCAGGAACUGGAAAGGUAGUAUUGGGGUUAAGGAAUAUGGAGCUUACCCUGGUUCAAUCCUUGGCAUCACUUACGGUUCUCCAAUCACUACUAGGUGUGAUCCCUGAGCACGAAGUUAGGAGUAUCCCCUGAGCCCUGUCAGGUGUGGCCCAAAACCCCAAAAUAAAUAAUUAAUUACAAUCUUCAAAAAAGACUAAGUUUGCACAAGUUUUGACACUACAAGAAAACACAAGCAACCUGAUUAGGUGCAAUAUUAUAUUAAUAGUUCAAAAUUAUAUUAUUAGUUGUAUGAUUAUAGACUUUCUCCAUUAAUAGUAUAGUUGUGCAUAGUAAACCUGCAUAAAUUUUAUGCUUUAUUCCCUGGGUUUAAUGGUGGAAUCUUAAUUUGACAAGAUGAUUGCUGUUCACCAGAUAUGAGAGUAAUGUUUCUCUUUCAUUUUAGAUCUUAUCCAUUACAAAAACUAGGAAGUAGUUAAUGGAGCUAGGUAUCUUUGCCUUAAGAGAAUUAAAAUUAGGCUGAGGAUAUACCUGGCUCAUGGAUCCCCUUCUUUACGUAGAGAUAUAUGCUGUCAUUGUCCAGAAUGCAAGUGCUUGCAUUCCUUUAAGUAUCCAGGGAGAUACUGUACUCUUGUAUUCAUCUUAUCUGCCUUUGCCCCUGGAUUGCAUUAGUCUGUCAGCUGUUACUGCCUAGAGGAGGUUAUCCUGACUUUUCUGCCAGUCAAGGAUUACCCCAGUUUUCUUCUCAGUUGUUCCUCUGGUCCUUGCAGUUUGGCUUUUGUUGAAGAGGAUCUGGUCUUGCUAUCAUCUCUGAAGGUUGUAAAUUUGUUUAAUUCUCUUGUUGUCUUUCUCAGCUGAAUGCCUAUUCCUAUUUUCAUUUGCCAGGAUCAUUAAAGGGAGGGAAAUUAUUACACAAUGUAAAUAAGGCAGACAUCCCAGGUACUUGUUCGUUUGAGAGAAGUAAUAAGUACCUGAAGAGAAAGAGAAUUUUCAGAUUAUACAUUUGCCCUAUGGAAAAUCACAUAUGUAUUUAAAUAAGGACACAUCUGCCUACUUGUACAUACACUAAUAAGCAGCUUUUAUACACAGGGUUAUUUUUUUUCAGGAAAGCUAUACAUUUCUUAGGUAUGAUUGAUUUAUUUCUUGUAUGCUGCAUAAAAUCAAUACUUAUAUACAUGAGUAAAUCAUCACAAUAAGUAUACUUACAUCUAUAUAUUCUUCUAUAGCUAUUAACUUUUUUUCUUGUAAUGAUAGCUAUUAAGAUACACUCUCACGUGGCAUAGUUCUUUUUCACCAAUAUUGUAGUUGUAUUUCAAGUUAUAGGUUAAAUGUGUCCUGUAUUACUAGGUACAUAUAUGCAUAGAACUUGAGAAAAUUCAAUUUUGGGGGAUAUUUUUUUGGCAACCAUACUUGUUAUAUAUAAAUAUGUGAUCUAAAGACUCCUUAUUUCACAUUUCUUAUGAAUGAAAUGUAACAAGUCCUAAAUUUUUCAUUUGUGCAUAGUACUUUAGCCUUUCUAAGUAGCUUAUUUGAAGGAGGGGCCACACCUGACAAUGCUCAGCGGUUACUCCUGGUUCUUUGAUCAAGAAUUAUUCCUGGCACUGCUUGGGGGACCAUAUGGGAUGCUGAGGAUCAAACCUGGGUUGGCCACAUGCAAGGCAAAUGCAUUGCCUACUGUAGGACUCUGGUCCCUAAACAGCUUAUUUUUAAGAGCAUCCUAGUCUCAAUAAAUUAUUUUUAUCUUAAUGUACUUAAGAUAAAAAGUCUUAUUAAUCCAAAAAAUAUUUCAAGACUACUAAUCUAUACUAAUUAAACAACUUCUAAGCAGUAUUAGCUUGCGUCUUUAUUCAGCAUAUAUACAUAUAUGUCAGUAUAUAUGCAUAUAUAAAAACUACGUUAUUUAUAUUUAUUUAUAUAAUUAUAGAAAACUACCUUUUGACAGGAUCAUAAUCAAGUCCUGAUGCACUUUAAAUCCAAAUCACUACCAGAAAUGAGGUGGAAGUUUCUGUGUGAAUAUUAACAAAAGUGAUGAUUUUUUUCACUUGAAAAUUUUUUUCAUUUUCUUUCAUUUGAGGGAAAAAAUUUUUGUUAUCUUUAAUUUACACAUUGAUUCUAACAUAUGUACCAGCCUUUGUUAGCUGGUAAAACAGCACAGGUUCAUUAGCAAUGUUACUAAAAGUGAAAUUGCUUAGUAGAAGUUAAGAGUUAUCCAAUUCAGCAAAUGUAUGACCCCUACUGUUAAAACUUUUAUUUAAAAUUUGUUGAAUUUUUGAGUAAGUUAAUACUUAUAAAAAUUACUUCUGGGGCCAAGGAUUUGACUCAGCAAUAGGUCACAUCUGGCUUGUGUGAGACCCUGGGUCUGAUCCCUGGUACCAUAAGUAACAAAAACUUAUUUACUUUUCUGCACUUUUCCUAUUUUAUAAGAUUGAUAACUGUAUUGCUGAGACUGAUUAAGAAAAACACUACUUCCAGUUUUGAAAAAGCCUUUUUUUUUCAAUUACUGUCAAGAUUUGACCUGAUAAUAUGAUAAAAAUUAUUUUUAUUCAUCUCUUUUCAUGCCAGAUAUUAAAGAUCCUCUCUUUCUUGAUUGUUAUCAGAAUGGAAAUAUUCAAAACAAAUGACCUUAAAACACAUUUGCCUGUAUAACAAUGAUUUGGAGUAUCAGUUAUUAGUUACCAACCAUCUGUUGAUUACUCUUUCAAUUAUUAGAAUUUUGGUAAUUUAGUUAGUAAUUGUUAGUAUUAAAAAUUUACUAGAUAAAUUCAUAUGUCCUUAAUGAAAUAGCUUUUCUUGAUUGAGCUACCAUAUGAUAACUUCAUGAUUAUACAGUAAGGAACAAAAGAAAAUAAGGUAGGUCUAUUAAAUGUUUAUUGUUAAUUUUCCUAUCACUCAUAAAGUACAUUUUUCUAUCACAUUCACAUACUUACCCAAGGCAGAUUAUCUGAUUUGCUUAUCAUCCUCUUGCUGUACUGUUCUUAAAAAUCUUAUAGACUUUUUCUUUCUGUGUAGCUUAUUCAUUUCACCUUCUUAUUAAUUUGUAACUCCCACAGAAGUUGGUCAAGUUGAAUAGAGGAUACAAAACUAAUUUUUAUUUAAUUUUUGAAAAGUGUGGGGGAAAUGAGAGAAACACAAAGAUUAAGAGAUAGAUUGUGAUGGGGCUGGAGAGGUAGUACAAGGAUAGUCCAUUUACCUUGCAUGCAUUUGAUCAGGCUCAAUCCACAACACCCCAUAUGGUUCCCUGAGACCUGCUAGGAAUAAUCCCUGAGUGCAGAGCCAAGAGUAAGCCCUGAGUACCCCAUCUUAAGUAUUAAGUCUAAAUUAAUAUAAUGUCUACUUUCUUGUGAGGUUUAUUAUAAUAUUUGACAGUGCUGCCUUUGCAGUUUUCAUAGUUUGCUAUUAAAUCAGUUGAGUAAAAUAUUUGAAAUGUGUUGGGACCUUGUAAAAUUAUGCAUUUGUUGAUAUUUUACCAUCACUUUUGUUUUUUCUGUGUUUUAGUUUUGUGAACUUAUAUGUCAUAGAAAACAUAAUUUGUGAGGCUUUGUGGGGAAAGUCAAUUUGGAGAACAUAGUAUUCCCCAAGAUAGAAGAAAUAAUAAAGUGUCUUUGUAUUAUUAAAUUAGAAACUGACAAAAAAACUUCUCUGCCAUGUAGAUAAAUAUACAAGAGAGUUUUACAAAAAUGCUAAAAUGAUUGAAAGAUUAAAUUUUAUUCCAGUCUUUUUUAUCAGAAGGUUGAAUUUUUACUUAUAUACAUUACUUAUAUAUUCUUCUCAAUAUGUUUUAACAGCCUUAGAAAAUUAAAAGUCUAUGAGGUUUCUUGCAUUUUAAUUUUUUAUAACAAUGAUAGGAAAGGUUAAUUCAGUAAUCAAAAAUCUACAUAAAUGUACUGGAAGUGCUCAGGAAUUCACAUUUUUUUUAAUAAAUUAUGAAGAUAGGAGACUGAAUUUUAUGUUAACAGUUUUAAGAAUGAAAUAAGUAUGCUAUUAUUCCACUAAUAGUAUAUAAAUAUAUGAUAUACCUAGACUGAUAGCAUAUAUUUUCCAAAAGUUAUAUGAUAAUCUAAACUAUAUUAAUGACUAUACUAUUUAUGGUCAAAUAGUUUUAAGUCAAGUUGAAUAUUUUCUCAAAGUAUUUGGCACUUAAGCUGCCAAAUUGACUAUGAUUUUAAGUACUAGAUAAUCAGUUACUUUCUGAUAACUGCAGGACUUACAAAUCAUAGAAAACAAGAUACUGUUUUGAUAUAUAGGAAUUAUUCUGUACUUAUUCUAUACAUUGUAACUUUGAACACUAUGGAAAACCUAGAUCUAUUAAUGUAUUCUAAUUAGUUUAUAUAAAUCUGUGCACAUUAGAUUCCUAAUACUAGCUAAAGAAGUCUAAAAGUAACAAUUUUUAUAAAUUCAUUUUUAAUAAUAUUGUUUUUAGUGUUUAUAUAAUAGUAAUGGCACUUGUGAAAGGUUUAUUAAAAUAUAAUAAAUAGAACAAUUAAUCACUCAAAAACCUGAAUGAUAGGCACAUUUUGUAUGUCACGUUACACUUGCUUUGUUUUCAUAUUGAACUUUUUACAUCCCUUUUUAAGGAAAAAAAGACAUGAAUUUUUUAGCACAAAAUUCUACAUUGCAAAAUAUGACUUAUUCAUAUGGUUAACAAAACACAUUUUGCCACCAAAGUUUAAAUAUAACAAAAAUACCUCCAGAUAUUUAUACCAAUGAAAUUUUCUUAGCAUAUUGGGAUUAAGCAAAAAUAGUCUUUUCAGUAUUUUUCAUCUAGGACUUACAUUAUUAUAUAAAUCAUCAGAUAACAUUUCAUAUUGUAGGUUUCUUUUAAAACUAUGUAAGGCUAUAUCAUAUUUAUCAUAUUGCGUUUUGUCUGAUUUCUGGAAAAGUGUUCUCUGAUUUUUAUUGGGUAAAAGUUUGUCAACCCAAUAAUGAUUACUAAUGAUGAUUAUAGUAAUUAAUUGAGGGAAUCUUGCUUCAGAGUCAUUCUUUGAUGUAAAGCUUUUUUUUUUUUUUUUAACAUGGGUCAUUGUACAGGUGUGUCUCAACUGUGUAAUAGAAAGUUUGUUGUGGAAUGUUUUGGUUUCUUAAGUACUUUUCUCUCAUCCCUUUAUAUAUCAUCUUUUUAUAUAUUCAUAUAUUUCACAGGAAAAUUAUCAACUAGGACCUACAUGACAUAGUACAGUGACAUGAACAUUUUAAAGACAUUAUGAUUAUUUAUAAUAGAAUAAAAAUGUUAAGCUACUAACAUUGAAAUGGUAUUGUACUUGGGCCAGAGAGAUAGUUCAGCAGAUAGGACGUUUGCCUUGCACACAGCCAAUUCAGAUUCGCUCCACAUCAUCUCAUCUGACCCCCGUGUACCACCAGGAGUAAGUCCUGAGUUCAGAGUCAGGAGUAAGCCCUGAGCACUGCCAGGUGUGACCCAAAAAUAUAAUACAGCAGGUAAGGCUGACUGGGCAAUUCUCAGCACCAUAUGUGUUCCCCAGAACUUUGCCAGGAGUUAUCCCUGAGUACAAAGCCAGGGGUAAUCCCUGAACAUAGCCAGGUAUUGCCCAACCCUUCUUAACCCCACCCCACCAAAAAAAAAAAAAAAGGAGGGAGAAAAUGCUUUAAUUUCUCCACUCUAAAAUUUCUUAAUGGAAAUUUCAGCCCCUCAUAUUUUAUAUUUUUCAUCAUUUAAUGUAAUUGUGCCUCUGUCGAGUAAUUUUGAUGAAAUUUGCAUCAGUGGUGUUGGAAGUAAAGAGGUAACAGAGAAGUCAAAUAUUAUAAUGUCUGACCUUGAUUUAGUGAUAAUUCAUCUAGUGUUUUGUUGGUGAUUACAGUUGGUAUUAGUAAAAAGGUGAUACUCAAGACCUAAAAGUUGAGCUGACAUUGGAUUUUGAAAUGUGCUUGUUCUUUGUAUUAAAUAGUUUUAUUCUAAGUAGGAGAUGCCUGUAUUUGACAUAACUAUGCAUUCUACAUAAUCAAAUAUGUAUUUGUUAGAAUAUUGUUAAAGAUAUCUCCUCUACUGUAAAGGGAGAAAAGAAAUGUCAAUUUUUGUGUAAACUAGGCAAUUUAUAGUGUAUUUGCAUUUUUAAUGUAGAAAUGACUCAAAUAUUAUUUUGAAGUGAUUGUAUUGUAAUUUAUUAAACUUAUGGCAAACUCUGUGCAAUGUACCCAUGAGAAAACAGACCAAAAUUGAGUGUGUUUUAUCACUGUGAUCUUGAAUUUUUAGUUAUUUGUAUAAAACAGUGUGUGCCUUAAAGUGACAAAGAAAUGACCUGAACUAUUUUAACUAUGUUUUACAAUGUGUGGUCCUCUCAAGUUGACCUCAAGUCCAUUUCUUUUAAUGUUGAUAAAUUAAAAGUUGACCAGUAUUUUUCUUACUAUUUGCAGAACUAUUGUUCUAGGGCCUUUAAUUUCCAGAAUUUUUAUUUCAAGUUAAAAUUAAUUUGCACUUCCUACAAAUAGAAAAUUUAGUUUGACAUAACUUUCCUAAAAUUAUUUUAGAAGGUGGCAGCACUUCUUUUCUGAACUUAGUGCAUUUUUUUUUCUGAACUUACUGAUGGAAAAGUUAAUAUUCAAAUCUAAUUUCUUUAUCUUUUUAAUGAAUUAGCUAUCAAAGACAUUCUUAAGACAUUUAUGUUUCUCAGAGUAUUGAGGCUUGCUUUUGUCAAAUAAUGUUAUUACCCAUUAUUUUUAAUAAUUAAAACAAAAUUUUCCUAUCCAUAGGUUAUACAUAGACUCUGCUAAAAGAUGAUUACAUCUUUUUUUGUGAGAGAAUGAACAAACAGAAUUUGUUGUGUAUUUUUCUGUUUCAACUUUGACAAUAACUCAACAUAUUUCUCUUACCAUUUCACUUCUACUCCCUUCCCUCAAAGAUAAAAAGACAUGUUUUCUAAAAAUUCACAAAAAGAAAACAAGUCUUUUCUUAAAUCAUGGAAAAAUUGAGAUGAGAAGUAGUUUGAGCAAGAGUAUGUAAUAAAAUUAAGUAUUUAACCAUCAAUCUGCAUCAUUUAAAAUUAUAAUUGUGAAGAGAAAAUAUGUUUCAUUAUGAGAUAAGCUUGGUAAUCAUUUAUUUGCAAAUUAGUCAUGUUUUUCUCUUCUAGAAAACAAAAUAGCACAUAACAAUAAUACUUAACAGUGCAAAGGAAUUUGUCCGAUAGUAUGUACUGAAAAAUAUUUGUCACCUUGCAGAUUUUUCCAUUUAAACAUGCAUGAUCUUCGCUAGUACUUUGUACUAUGUGGUGUACUAAAAACACUUGCGUAUAAUUUUGAGUGUGUUGAGUGUAUUUUUGGUGUGGUGUGGUUAACAUAUUACAUUAAACCAGUUGUAAUUUAUUUUUUUAAAAGUGCUAUUUAUUGUACUCUAUAAAAUGUGGUGAAUGUUACUAUAUGAAUAUUUGCCUUCAGUCUCUGCUCAGGUAUUAAUGUGUAGCUAUUUUUGGUGCUUUCUUUUUAAUCUGUCAUAAUCUGGUAUUCUGAAGUAUUAAACAAUAAAUUUGGUGAA